AUGGCGGAGGUUCACUUUUUCUUGAUCGUCGAAACUGUAUUGCUUUUUGGUGCGUCACUAUGUGGAUUCAUUGCUUCGAUAACUAUAGGUGUUACACGGGAUAAACUCGGUGGUUGUCCCUUGUAUGGAGAGAUUAGUUGGUAUAAUGCUACAGCCCCUACGCUUGAUCACUUUGGUUCCUCAUCGUCAUGUAAUUUUUGUGUUGGUGUACAAGUAAUAGCAGCACUGUAUGCCUUGGGAUUCGCUUUUUUUCACAUCUAUGUUCUCAUAAAGAGAGAAGAUAAGAAUACCAGAAUAGUGCCACCUUUAUUGGUGAAUACUGGUUUGACUAUCAUUAUUUUUAUUCAGGCCUGUGUGGUCAGUGUGGGAUUUUUACAGUGGUGUAAAAGCAUUGAAUAUAAAGAUGUUAUAUCGGAAUGUCGAGAGGGGCAGAGGAAACUUCUGCCAUCCCGUCCUGAAAUGGACUUUUCAUCGUUCUUUGAUUACUUGACAUUAGGAGAGAGCACUUCUUGGUUUUCGUUCCUAUUCUGGGGUGCAUUAGUGGUCGUCUGCAUCGUCCGACGUUGCCGUGACAACAGCAUGCCUGAUGACCAUACAGCUGAAGAAAGAAAACCAGUGUUGGGACCUUCUUUAACACCUUCGCCAUCUGUCCCGUCGUAAAUGACCAAGCAGUUGCUGAAUGCAGAGACAUUAGGGGAUUCCGCAUGGCAUGGAGUAUAUCUCUUCAAGUGGUCGGUUUUGAACGUCCUCGUAGUUUAUUUUUAUGCAUGUCUCAGCUAUAGGCGGUGGAACAUGGGUUUAUUGUUGUGCAUUUCACUUGUAUCACAUGCAUACACAUGGGAAGUGAAUUGAAGUGGGAAUGUUGUGACGUGUAAUAUCGUUGUCAUUUCACGCAAAUCAUGUAUUUAUCUGCAUCAAUCUUUACGUACUUAUUGCUUACAGUAUGAAUAUUAGGCAUCUUAGG